CGUGGUUCGUCACCAAUACGGCUGUCUCAAUCGGAAGUUGCUCACUCCGCGUUGUUGUCCUUGGUGCUCGUCUACGCCGGGGUCCCUUUGUGAAUUUUUGUUUCUUUUAAAGCUUUUAGGGCACAUUUGAAGUACAAGACUAAGCCAUGCCAUCAGUUCCUUCAACCAAGGAGGCCCCCAUGAAGGGCCCGGUGGUGUGCCCCCACGCCGCCAAGCUGCUCAGCCACACCAACGGAGAAGGGAAACUCCGGGAGGGCUCCAUCCCGCUGAACGGCCUCGACACGGAGCACAUCAACACGAUGAAUGCGGUGGUGGAGAGGAAGUGGAUCCGGCCUGACCUCCCCAGCCGCUGCACGUGGAGCCUGGGGGCCUCGAGAGACGAGUCCCCUCAUGCACUGGUUCCCAGGUCAGUGAGAUCCGUCGCUCCUGCCAUUCUCCCGAACAUCCUGCACCGGAUCGGCGACACCCCCCUGGUGCGCAUCAACAAGAUCCCCAAAGCCUUUGGACUCAAAUGUGAAUUAUUGGCCAAGUGUGAGUACUUCAAUGCGGGGGGGAGUGUGAAGGACCGGAUCAGCCUGCGGAUGGUGGAGGACGCGGAGAGGGCGGGGCUCCUCAAACCUGGAGACACCAUCAUCGAGCCCACCUCUGGAAACACUGGUAUUGGGCUAGCCCUGGCUGCAGCCGUGAAAGGAUACCGCUGCAUCAUCGUCAUGCCGGAGAAAAUGAGCAUGGAGAAGGUCGAUGUCUUGAGAGCUCUCGGAGCGGAGAUCGUCCGCACGCCCACCAGCGCUCGCUUCGACUCGCCGGAGUCUCACGUGGGCGUCGCCUGGCGUCUUAAAAACGAGAUCCCCGACUCUCACAUCCUGGACCAGUACCGCAACCCGAGCAACCCUCUGGCUCACUACGACACCACGGCCGAGGAGAUCCUGGAGCAGUGCGGCGGUAAACUGGACAUGCUGGUGGCAGGCGCCGGCACCGGGGGGACGAUCACUGGCAUCGCCCGCAAACUGAAAGAAAGAUGCCCCAACAUCAAGAUUGUUGGCGUUGAUCCAGAAGGCUCCAUCCUGGCCGAGCCCGAGCAGCUCAACAGAACCGAUAAGACCCAGUACGAGGUGGAGGGCAUCGGGUACGACUUCAUCCCCACCGUGCUCGACAGAUCAGUCAUUGAUACAUGGUACAAGUCAGACGACGAGGAGUCCUUCAACAUGUCCCGCAUGCUGAUGAGAGAGGAGGGCCUGCUGUGCGGUGGCAGCUCUGGGACCGCCAUGGCUGCGGCAGUGAAUAUGGCCAAAGAUCUGAAGGAGGGCCAGCGCUGUGUGGUCAUCCUGCCAGACUCCGUCCGCAACUACAUGUCCAAGUUCCUGAGUGACAAGUGGAUGGUGCAGAAGGGCUUCCUGAGUGAGGAGGACCUCAUGGUGAAAAAACCCUGGUGGUGGAACCUGAGGCUGCAGGGUUUGAAUCUGUCCGCCCCGCUCACCGUGCUGCCCACCGUCACCUGUCAGAGGACCAUCAAAAUCCUGAAGGAGAAGGGCUUCGACCAGGCGCCCGUGGUGGACGAGGCUGGGGUAAUCCUGGGCAUGGUGACACUAGGGAACAUGUUGGCCUGUAUCCUGGCGGGGAAGAUCAAGGUGUCGGACCCCGUCAGCAAAGUGCUCUACAAGCAGUUCAAACAGAUCCGUUUGAAUGAUAAUUUGGGGAAGUUAUCCCGCAUUCUGGAGACUGACCACUUUGCCCUGGUGGUACAUGAACAGAUCCAAUACUUGACGGACGGCUCUCCCAGCCUGAAGCAGAUGGUUUUCGGAGUGGUGACCGCCGUCGACCUGCUAGCCUUCGUCACAGGGCGGGAAAGGAGGGAGAGAUCCAUGUCGGAGUCCACCGACGAGCUGAACUGAACCAAAACGCUCUAACUUUUUUAACACCAACAAAGAAGAUGGCUCAAAAAUAAUCUUGUGAAAUUAUUUGAUUGAGGUUAGUUCUCAAAAGAAAAACAUUGAUCAUAUUUUGUAUUUCUGGAAAUGAGUCUUAAGGAAUAAUAAACAAAACAUGUUGCGCAUGUAUGUAUAGGGUUACUUAAGAUUAUUAUAUUUGCUUUUAGUGCUCAAAGCGAAUCUUUAGUAUGUUUUUAAGCACGCUUUUUGUUUUGUAUCAGGGUCUUAAAAAAAGGCAUCUGCGUUCCACUUUUAUUUUUAUUUGUCAACAUGUUUCACUGUAGUCUGCAUCAAUCAAACAUCAGAUACAAGACAUAGACAUGUAUAAAAUCGAAUUGAUCAGAUAAAGAAGUAGAUAGCUGCUGUAUAUAAGCAUAUUAUCUUCCCAGUGCUGCUCUUUUUAUGUGCCCAAAAAAGUUCAUGCAGAGUUAAAUCUAUUGGUGAUUUGGUGUGCUUUCUUUUUUCAACACAGCGCCUGUGAUGUAACUGUAAAGUUAAAGUAUUUAAUCUUUGCUAUGUCUGAGAGAAAUGUUUUUUAUUUCAUUUUAUUUUUCCUUAAUGAAUGUGUAUGAUUAAAUAAAGCUUUUACGGUAUUAUCUGA